AUGGCGGGGUUGUUUCCUCCACCCACACAUCCACCCAAGCACACGCACACCCACACAGAAGCUUUAUUUUGUUCCACAGAGAGCGACAAAGCAGACCCGUAGACUCCGAGCCUUUCUGGAGAACCAACUCAAAGUCAGCGACGCACUAAAGUAUCUUCUCUGUCUGCAGACACACAACCAUGGGGAAGGGAUGCAUCACAGUCACCAAAUACUUUCUAUUUCUCUUCAAUCUCCUUUUUUUUAUCUUUGGAGCGUUGAUCAUGGGCUUUGGACUCUGGGUUCUCUUUGAUAAUCAGAGCUUCAUUUCUGUUCUGCAUGAAUCGUCUCACACAGUGAAAGUGGCUUCUUACAUUUUCAUUGGUGUGGGCUCCCUGUCCAUGGCCAUGGGCUUCUUUGGCUGCAUUGGUGCCAUCUAUGAGAUCCGCUGUCUCCUGGGUUUGUACUUCACCUGCCUCCUGCUCAUCCUCAUCGCUCAGGUCACAGCUGGAGUUCUUAUUUACUUCCAGAGAGAUCGGCUGAAAUAUGAGAUGUCCAGCAUCAUCCAGGGCAUGAUCAUCAACUACACCGGGCUGAACAGGACCACAGAGCACACAUGGGACUACAUUCAGAAAACUAUGAAAUGUUGUGGAUGGACUGGUCCAGGGAACUGGUCUGAGAACCUUCUGAUCAAGAACAACACCCAGAAGCUUUACUCGUGCUCCUGCCGCAACGAGUCCCUCCCUGGCUCUGAUGUGAAGAACGUGGGCCUGUGUGAGAACCUGUCUGAUGAGCUGCCCGUCUAUGAAACGGGUUGCAUCACUUCAGUGGAGAAGUGGCUGCGGGAAAACUGCGCAGUGAUUCUGGGCAUCUGUGUCGGUGUGGCAGUUGUGGAGCUGCUGGGGAUGAUCCUCUCCAUGUGCCUGUGCAAGAGUGUGGUCCAGGAGGAUUAUACUAAAGUACCAAAGUACUGAGCUGAAGAUGAAACCCUCACACAGACCAGCAGACUCUCUGUCCCUCCUUGCCUCAUUUUUUUUUUCAUUUUACACACAUGCAUAUAAACCAGCUGUCUGUGCUGUUGGGGCCCCUGAAAUCUUCCCAGCUGUGUAAACGUCUCACGCCCAACACAGCAUGUCCCACACGCCCAACUAAAUCAAGUUUGACACAUGCUGGAGAUAGAUUCUCUCUAUUAUUUUUCUUCCUGAGAAUUUUUUGAGGGGUAGAGCUCCCCGUUUUUUACUGUGUGACAUUAUGCAGAUGUGUGGAUUCCUCCUGGUUUCUUCCUGUCUUUGUCCGCUCAUUUGUUGUCCGUGAAGCCAUAUUCCUAAGAGUGAGCAUUUUCCAGCCAAAUGUGUGUGCGCGUGCAAGCGGGAGACCCUCUGAAAGAUUACAGCCUCCUCUGAUCCUGAAGCUGGUAUUUUUGGUGCUGAGGGUGGAGGAACGGCCCAGGGCAGGGUUGCUGCGGUGGAGGCUUUUGGCUUCUUGUCAUCGACCCCCCCCCUCACACACACACACACACUUACAGUCACCCUGAUGUUAAGCUCAGCUGAAUCUCACCGCCGCCACCACCUCCUAACCUUUAUCAUCUGUAAAGCGUCUCUAAAUCAGUCCUCCUGUUGGGAGUGCACAGCUGGCAGCCAGAAGCUUCUAAAAAAAGCCAGAUCUGCUUGAAGUUAGUGUGUUGAUGUUCAUUUUUUCACCUUAUUUUUCCCUUUUUAAAAAUAAUUGUAUUUUUUUUCUGUGUGUCUACGGGAUUAUAGCACAUUGGUGCUUGGUUUUACAUGAAAAGGGGUUUACUUACACACUCCUGAUUCUUCUUGUUUAUGUUUCCCUCUGUUGUCAAGGGUGUGUAGAAGAAGGCUGCAUCUGCAGCUUGUCAGCACUUUUUGAUGUGAAAUAGAUUUGAAUGAGUUAUUUGGCCUGUAAGGGAUCAGUCUCAUCACUCUCUGUGAGACAGCUGUUCCUAGAGCAAAAGAAAAACUUUACAGAUUUAGAGGCAGCUGUUACCUGAAGUAUGUUCCAUCUUUUAAAAGAAAGUUUAUUUUCUGCCUUCCUUCAUGUGUUGUUACGCUUCGUUUCCAGUACUCUCUUCAUAGAUGAAUUUAGAUCAUUUAGUAAGCAGCCUGCACUUUUAUCUGACCGUGGUCCUUUUGUGUUUCAUUGUACAAGUCUUUUACUCGAGGUCAUUUUAAGCUGUUACUGUGAAAGGAGUAAUAGUUAGUUACAAGUUCUUUGACCAGUUAAAUUGAUAAUUAUUUAAGUUAAGGAAAAAUGAAGGCUUCUUGUUGUUAACAUAUUUUGUACACAAUUGUUUAGUAAAACAUACAAAACAAAACAACUAAAAGUUAUGUUUAGAAACAGUUUUUAUUACGUUUUGUUACUGAGAAUGACAAAUAAAUUUAAGUCCACAAAAAG